AUGCUGUCUGGUUCCUCGAGAUCACCCUACACUGGUGUUACUUCUAGUGUUCCAAAUGAUAAUGGAUCCAAAUUUCAUCUUCGUUAUUAUAAGUGGGUUUAUUCUGCUUUAUUAAUCCAGAAAAAUCUCUAUGAAUAUAAUGAGGCUGACCGUUUGAACAUCGUGCAAACAAUUGCUGACCUUUUAUUUUCUUAUGGCUCUUUUUAUAGUAGUGUUAUUUUCAUUGAGAUAUUUUGCCUUGUCCAUCUUAUCUUCCAAAUAUGGGCAACUGACCGAUUUUUCAAUGGCAAUUUCUUAAAACUUGGUAUUGUUUGGUUAGAUUCAAGUUAUAAUAUAAAAAGUAUCACUUCUAUGUUAUCAACAUCUUCGGUACCUAUAGAAUUUCCAUCGACUGCGGGUGGUUCAAGUUUCUCCAAUUCUUAUGAUCCAUUGCAAUAUAUCUUCCCUAGAAUGGUCAAGUGUACAUUACAAUUCUUUGGUCCUUCUGGUGAAACCAAUUCUUACGAUGGACUUUGCUUCUUUCCUGCAAACGUGUUACAUGAAAAAGUUUUUCUCAUUCUAUGGUUCAUCUAUAGCUUUAUGUUAAUCUUUAUUAUUUUAACUCUUAUCUAUCGAGGUCUCGUCUUGAUGCUUCCACCCCUCCGAUACUUCAUGUUGUUCAUCCUUCGCUGCCAAGUCAUAUCGUCGCUUACUGAACUCGCCAAGUAG